UUCACCUACAGUUUCUGGAGUGUGUACUAAAGGACGUCAAAAUGUCGGGAGCUUCGGUCAAGGUGGCUGUCCGGGUCAGGCCCUUUAAUUCCCGGGAGAUCGGCAAAGAGUCCAAGUGCAUCAUCCAGAUGCAAGGCAACUCGACCAGCAUACUCAACCCAAAGAAUCCCAAGGAACCAGCAAAAUCAUUCAGCUUUGACUAUUCCUACUGGUCGCACACCUCGCCCGACGAUCCGUGCUUUGCAUCUCAGAAUCGUGUGUACAAUGAUAUUGGUGAGGAGAUGCUGUUACAUGCCUUUGAGGGCUAUAAUGUGUGCAUCUUUGCGUAUGGUCAAACUGGAGCCGGGAAAUCCUAUACUAUGAUGGGAAAGCAGGAGGAAAACCAAGCAGGGAUCAUACCACAGCUCUGCGAAGAGUUGUUUGAGAAGAUCAAUGACAGCAGCAACGAGGAAAUGUCUUACUCUGUGGAGGUCAGCUAUAUGGAGAUCUACUGUGAGAGAGUAAGAGACUUGCUGAACCCCAAGAACAAGGGGAACCUUCGUGUUCGGGAGCAUCCUCUGCUUGGGCCCUAUGUGGAAGACCUGUCCAAACUCGCCGUCACUUCUUACACUGAUAUCGCAGACCUCAUGGAUGCAGGAAACAAAGCUAGGACGGUGGCUGCUACCAACAUGAAUGAAACCAGCAGUCGUUCGCAUGCAGUUUUUACCAUUGUUUUCACUCAGAAGAAACAUGACCCAGAAACGGACCUUUCCACUGAGAAGGUUAGCAAGAUCAGCCUUGUGGAUCUUGCAGGGAGUGAGAGAGCGGACUCCACAGGUGCCAAAGGGACUCGAUUAAAGGAAGGAGCAAACAUCAACAAAUCUCUCACCACACUGGGAAAAGUAAUUUCAGCCUUGGCAGAAGUGAGCAAGAAGAAAAAGAAGACUGACUUCAUUCCGUACAGGGAUUCUGUGCUGACGUGGCUGCUUCGGGAAAACCUAGGGGGCAACUCCAGAACUGCCAUGGUGGCCGCUUUGAGUCCAGCAGAUAUAAACUAUGACGAGACUUUAAGCACUUUAAGAUAUGCAGAUCGGGCCAAGCAGAUCAAAUGCAAUGCGGUUAUCAACGAAGACCCCAAUGCCAAACUGGUGCGGGAGCUGAAGGAAGAGGUUACCCGGCUCAAGGACCUUCUUCGUGCUCAAGGGCUUGGAGAUAUUAUUGACAUCGAUCCGUUUGGAGAUUUCAUUGGAAGUGGAGGCAAAUAUCUGAAAGAUUUUCAGAACAGUAAGCACAGAUACUUGCUAGCGUCCGAGAAUCAACGUCCUGGCCAUUUUUCCACAGCAUCCAUGGGCUCCCUCACUGCAUCUCCAUCUUCCUGCUCUCUCAGUAGUCAGGUGGGCUUAACGUCUGUCUCCAGUAUCCAAGAGAGAAUCAUGUCCACUCCUGGAGGAGAGGAAGCCAUUGAACGUUUGAAGGAAUCCGAGAAGAUCAUCGCAGAGCUGAACGAGACGUGGGAGGAGAAGCUGCGGAAGACGGAGGCUAUCAGGAUGGAGAGAGAGGCUUUGCUGGCUGAGAUGGGAGUUGCCAUUCGAGAAGACGGAGGAACCCUUGGGGUUUUCUCACCUAAAAAGACCCCGCAUCUUGUCAACCUCAACGAAGACCCCCUCAUGUCAGAGUGUCUGCUUUACUACAUAAAAGAUGGCAUUACCAGAGUUGGCCAGGCCGAUGCUGAACGGCGUCAAGACAUAGUUCUAAGCGGGGCUCACAUCAAAGAGGAACAUUGCAUCUUCCGGAGUGAGAAGAACCACAAUGGCAACGUGAUCGUCACUCUGGAACCUUGUGAGCGCUCCGAAACCUACGUCAAUGGCAAGAGGGUCAUCCAGCCUGUCCAGCUGCGUUCAGGAAAUCGCAUCAUCAUGGGUAAAAACCACGUUUUCCGUUUCAACCAUCCUGAGCAAGCUCGAGCCGAAAGGGAGAAGACUCCAUCGGCAGAGACACCCUCGGAGCCAGUGGAUUGGACGUUUGCUCAGCGAGAACUGCUGGAGAAACAGGGAAUUGAUAUGAAGCAGGAAAUGGAGAAAAGACUUCAAGAGAUGGAAAUUCUGUACAAGAAGGAGAAAGAAGAAGCUGAUCUCUUACUGGAGCAACAGAGGCUGGACUAUGAGAGUAAACUCCAGGCCUUACAGAAGCAGGUGGAGACGCGGUCCUUCGCUGCUGAGACCACGGAGGAGGAAGAGGAGGAGGAAGAGGAGGUGCCCUGGACUCAGCAUGAGUAUGAACUUGCCCAGUGGGCUUUCAGGAAAUGGAAGUUCCACCAGUUCACUUCCUUAAGAGAUCAGCUUUGGGGCAAUGCAGUCUAUCUGAAAGAAGGCAACGCAAUCAGUGUGGAACUGAAAAAGAAGGUGCAAUUCCAGUUUGUCCUGCUGACCGACACGCUCUACUCUCCGCUGCCUCCCGAGCUGCUGCCCCCUGAGAUAGAGAAGAGCCGAGAUGACCGCCCUUUCCCUCGGACGGUGGUUGCGGUGGAGGUCCAGGAUCUUAAGAACGGGGCGACGCAUUACUGGUCCCUUGAGAAACUCAAGCUGCGGCUUGAGCUGAUGCGGGAGAUGUACGACCGGGCAGGAGAAAUGGCAUCCAGCGCACAGGAAGAGACCGAGAACACCAUGACUGGGAGUGACCCUUUUUACGAUCGGUUCCACUGGUUCAAGCUGGUCGGGAGCUCCCCCAUUUUCCACGGCUGCGUGAACGAGCGCCUGGCUGACCGCACGCCCUCCCCCACUUUCUCCACGGCUGAUUCCGACAUCACCGAGCUGGCCGACGAGCAGCAGGAUGAGAUGGAGGACUUUGACGACGAGGCCUUUGUGGACGAUACCGGCUCCGAUGCUGGGACUGAGGAGGGAUCGGAUCUCUUCAAUGAUGGGCAGGACCCGUUUUACGACCGGUCCCCUUGGUUCAUUUUAGUGGGAAGGGCGUUUGUCUACCUGAGCAAUCUUCUGUACCCUGUCCCGCUCAUCCACAGAGUGGCAGUGGUCAGCGAGAAAGGGGAAGUGCGUGGGUUUCUGCGAGUGGCCGUCCAAGCUAUCGCUGCGGAUGAAGAAGCCCCAGAUUAUGGAUCCGGUGUUCGGCAGUCUGGCACAGCCAAGAUCUCAUUUGACAAUGAGUAUUUUAACAAGACCGAUUUUUCAUCGGUUGCCAUGACCCGUUCUGGCUUGUCCUUGGAGGAACUGAGAAUUGUGGAAGGGCAGGGUCAAAGUUCAGAGGUCAUCACCCCUCCUGAAGAAAUCAACAGAAUGAAUGAUCUGGACCUGAAGUCCGGCUCUUUGCUGGAUGGCAAGAUGGCCAUGGAAGGCUUUACGGAAGAGGUGGGCGACCACCUGAAGCUGGGCAGCGUGUUUACUUUCCGUGUGACCGUACUGCAAGCCAGCGGAAUCCUCCCAGAAUACGCAGAUAUAUUUUGCCAGUUCAACUUUCUGCAUCGACAUGACGAGGCUUUCUCCACCGAACCUCUCAAAAACAAUGGCCGAGGGACGCCGCUUGGUUUCUACCAUGUCCAGAAUAUUUCUGUGGAAGUGACAGAAUCCUUUGUGGAAUACAUCAAGACAAAGCCUAUCGUAUUUGAAGUCUUCGGACAUUAUCAGCAUCAUCCGCUCCAUCUGCAGGGACAAGAUCUCAACAGCCCCCCUCAGCCGUCCCGGCGGUCCUUCCCCCCACCCAUGCCACUUUCUAAGCCAGUCCCAGCUACCAAGCUCAACACGCUGAGCAAACCCAGCUUGGGCCAGAGCGUGACCAAAUACGACCUUCUAGUCUGGUUUGAGAUCAGCGAAUUGGAGCCCACCGGAGAGUACAUUCCUGCUAUUGUUGACCACACGGGGGGACUGCCCUGCCAGGGGACCUUCCUGCUUCACCAGGGAAUACAGCGUAGGAUCACAGUCACUAUUGUCCACGAGAAAGGCAACGAGCUGCAUUGGAAAGAUGUGCGGGAACUGGUGGUUGGGCGCAUCAGAAACAAAGCAGAAGUCGACGAAGCUGCUGUGGAUGCCAUCUUGUCUCUGAAUAUUAUCUCUGCAAAAUACCUGAGGUCUUCUCACAGCUCCAAUAGGCUCUUUCUUGAUAAGGAUAUGCCUAGGACUUUCUACCGCUUUGAGGCUGUUUGGGACAGCUCCCUUCAUAACUCCCUCCUCUUGAACCGAGUAACGCCCUUCGGAGAGAAAAUCUACAUGACCCUCUCUGCUUACCUGGAGCUGGACCACUGCAUCCAGCCAGCUGUCAUCACCAAGGAUGUGUGCAUGGUCUUCUACUCACGGGAUGCCAAGAUCUCCCCUCCUCGUUCGUUGCGCAGUCUCUUUGGCAGUGGCUAUUCCAAAUCCCCGGACUCCAAUCGAGUAACGGGCAUCUAUGAGCUACGCCUGUGCAAAAUGGCAGACACCGGCAGCCCAGGAAUGCAGAGGAGGAGGAGGAAAGUCCUGGACACGUCCGUGGCCUACGUCCGUGGGGAAGAGAACCUGGCAGGGUGGAGGCCCCGGGGGGAUAGUCUCAUCGUGGAGCACCAGUGGGAACUGGAGAAACUGGAACUGCUGCAUGAGGUGGAGAAGACCCGCCACUUCUUGCUGCUGCGGGAGAAGCUGGGCGACACCGUCCCCAAGUCCCUGAGCGACUCACUGUCCCCCAGCCUCAGCAGCGGGACACUCAGCACCUCCACCAGCAUCUCCUCCCAGAUCUCGUCCACCACUUUUGAGAGUGCCGUCACACCCAGCGAAAGCAGCGGCUACGACUCGGCGGACAUCGAGAGCCUGGUGGACCGGGAGAAGGAGCUGGCUACCAAGUGCCUGCAGCUUCUCACUCACACUUUCAACCGUGAAUUCAACCAGGUCUACAACAGCAUCAGUGAUUGUAAGCUGUCCGAUAUUUCUCCGCUUGGACGGGACCCAUCGGUAUCGAGUUUCAGCAGUGCCACCCUGACGCCUUCCUCGACCUGCCCCUCGCUUUCAGACUCGAGGUGCAACUCCGUGGAUCAGAAGACUCCAGAAGCGAAUUCUCGCGCCUCUAGUCCUGGUGGAGAGGGUGAGUCGUUCCAACUGAUGCCACCCGUUGAAGCCUCUUACUUGGCCAGGGCCGGCAAAAAUGAGUUUCUGAACCUUGUUCCUGAUAUCGAGGAAAUCAGACCUGGCUCUGUGGUCUCCAAGAAAGGCUACCUACACUUCAAGGAGCCCCUUUCUCCAUCGUGGGCCAAGCACUUUGUGGUGGUCCGUCGCCCGUACGUCUUCAUCUACAACAGCGACAAAGACCCUGUGGAAAGGGGCAUCAUCAACCUCUCCACGGCUCAGGUGGAGUACUCAGAGGAUCAGCAGGCAAUGGUGAAGACCCCCAACACGUUUGCCGUGUGCACGAGGCACCGUGGCGUCCUGCUUCAAGCCAUCAAUGACAAAGACAUGAACGACUGGCUGUACGCCUUCAACCCCCUUCUCGCCGGCACAAUACGAUCCAAACUCGCCCGAAGACGCUCGGGCCAGCUGAAAUACUGAGUCCACACGGGGUCCUUGUCCAGUUUUUUUCUCCUCUCUAACACGCCUUUGGAUAUAGAUAAAGCGAUACAUCUCAUUUCUCUGUGAUUCUCGGAUUUUUCUCUUCUUGUAUGUAACCCUGUGGCUUAACUUCCCUUGUCUCUACCUCCCUCCCCACCCUGUU